AGGCACAGCUUGACACUGACAGAUUAAUAAAAAAGAGCUAAGACUUUUUUUAUAAUUUAUAUUAUAAAAUUUAUGUUGAAGUGAUCAUAAUAUUAUAUUGUUAUUAUAUUUUGUAACGUGAAGAAAAUUUAGCUUGAAUUAAUUGAUUGAAAGUAUAUUUAAAAUGUUACAUUCAGUUUAUGGCGCUUGUCGUCAAAAUGUUUUACAGUUCCAACAAGUAAGGUUAGGCCAUAGGCUCAGAGGAAAACCGCCUAUUUAUAGCAGAACAAUAAAAGAACGAUUGGAUGAAUUAAAUUACAAAGACGAAUUAAAUACAACGAAAAUAGACAUUGGAUUCCCACCAGAGAGAAAAGCAGAUGUUCGUCAUGAACAAAUUGAACAUUUAAAGAAAUUAAAAAGUGAUAAACAAUUAGAGAGAUUAGCUAGAAAUCAAAAGCUAGACAUUGAUUUGCAAGAAGCGAGAAAAGUUUGGUUAGAAACUUUGGGUCCUCAACAUAAAAAGCAAAUUGCUGACCACUAUGCAAUUUUUGACCACUUAUAUGGAGAAGGAUAUUUUAUCCCAUUUUUAAAUUUAGAAGUGUUUUAUGAUUUAAAAGAUGGAUCCUGUUUGCCAGUUUACGCUGGUAAUGUGAUAAAACCAGCUGAGGCUUUAGAACCACCAGUUGUCUCAUAUGAGGCAGAUGGAGAUUCUUUAUGGACUCUUGUCUUAACAAGUUUGGAUGGUCACUUAACAGAAAGUGAUAAGGAAUAUGUACAUUGGCUAGUGGCAAAUAUACCUGGCAAAGAUAUAGGCAAGGGUGACACUAUUGUGGAUUAUUUACAACCAUUUCCAUUGAAGGGUACUGGCUACCAUAGAUAUGUAUUUGUUCUAUAUAAACAGGAUGGAAAAGUAUCUUAUGAACUCUCCAAAGUCACUUCCAAGUCUGCAUUAGAGGAUAGAACAUUUGUCACAAGAGAUUGGUACAAACAAUAUCAAGACAACAUAACACCUGCAGGACUGGCAUUCUAUCAGUGUGACUGGGAUUUAACUGUAAGAGAUUUCUUCCACAAUACAUUGAAUAAGAAGGAGCCAAUUUAUGAAUAUGAUUUCCCACAACCCUACAUUCGACCACAAGAAUGGUUCCCUCUUAGGAAGCCAUUCAACUUAUAUAUGGACAAAUAUAGAGAUCCCAAACAAGUCAGCAAGGAAUAUUUAUUACGCAAGCUAAAGAAUGAAGACCCCUUCAAGAGCCCACCUCCACCACUGAAGUUCCCCAAUGCUCAACCAUUACCACAUUCAAUGCCGUCUUGGUUGAAACUGCACGAAAAGAAAAUACGCUUAGGCUGGGGUAGAGUAAAUGAUGUGUAAAAUAAGAAUUCGUUUUUAGUUAGGUAUAUAGUAAAAUGAGUAAUAAAUAAUAAGAAAAUUAUAA